AUGGUAGGCAAACACGGACUCCCUUCAGGCAUCCUGGGAGCCCGUAUGUCUCCGGAUCGCAAGAAACAGAGGGAUCUUACGCAUAACAUAACCGGGGAUGGUCCUGCUAGCCCUCGGCGCCGACAACGCGUCCACUCAAAGCCCUUCACCAAGGCCAACGCAAAGGCUCUGUAUCACCAGAUGCAAGGCUUUGAGGAUCAAUACCGAAAAGAAGGGUGCAAAGCUCCCAAGAACGCGUCUCCAAAACACAUCGACCUCUGCAUUGCUCGCGGCACCCUCCACCUUCGUCACCGCGAGAUCCGCGAUACCCUCUACCACGCCUUCUACGCCGACGCCUCCCGAACUCUCCGCCCCGCCUCACGGAUCUACCGCCAUCUGGUAGAUUACCGCGCCGCCCUCACCCGCCACCAAGCCCUCUGGUACCAUCGUAAAGCUCUCCGCCGCACCCUCAGCUCCACCCGCGCCCUCAAGCAGAAGAUAUUGGAGCUCGCGGUCGCCGAAGCCGCCGACGACGCGGACACCGAACGGGACCUCCGCGACAAGCACGACCCGUCUUGCGAGCGGGUCGGCUUCGCGAAGAGGAAGAAAUGGUACCAGACUGUCAAGAAGGACAUGCGAAAGAGGGGGCAGUGGAUUUCCAAAGAGGCGCCUGGCCCAGGAGUCGAGUGGGAGCCGGCGAAUGUACAUGAGAGCCCGGGCGUGAGAGUCAAGUUCUUCAACCCCGUGGCCGGGGGUUGGAUCUUGCCGCGACAUAUCAAGAAAGAAGAUGACUUUGGAGUGUAUUUGAAUCAGAUGGGCUUGCGGUUCAGUCCGGUCUCGCGUCACCCAGAGGAUCAGCCGUGGGCUUGA